UAAAAAUGCAGGCGCUAAACGGAACGCACUUGUAAGAAACUUGUUAGUGUCGCCGUUCUUUUUCUUUCUGCUUGAUCGCCGUGGACCGACGUAAAACUACCGUCCAGCGUUGUAGUCUUCGUUUAUUUGUGUAGUUUUCCCGAGUCACGGACGUCGUCAGACUCUGGCCGCGUAAUUUUGUUGAUCGAUGGUGCAGCGUGGAGGGUGUUAACGCUGGACGGUUGUUGUUUAUCCAUCGUGUUUGUGGAUGCUAAUGUUGUGAUUUACAGAUCGCAGGAGAAUGGUGGAACACGAAGGAAAGGAGUUUGGUGUGGGAGAUUUAGUGCUGCUCAGCUCUAUUACGGACCAAGCCAUUGUUGACAAUUUGAAAUUAAGGUUCAGCAAGGGAAAGAUUUACACAUAUAUUGGCGAGGUUGUGGUCAGUGUUAAUCCGUAUAAACCCGUGAAUAUUUACGGUCAAGAUGUGGUGCAGCAGUACAAGAACCGCGAGUUCUACGAGCGUCCACCGCACAUCUUCGCCCUGGCCGAUGCGGCCUACAGGAGCAUGCGGCGACUUAACAAGGACACUUGCAUCGUUAUAUCCGGAGAGAGCGGUUCCGGCAAAACGGAAGCCUCCAAGAUCAUCAUGCGGUACAUUGCCGCGGUGACCAAUGUGGCUCAACGGGCGGAAAUCGAGAGAGUGAAGAAUAUCCUGAUCCAGUCGACAUGUAUUCUGGAGGCGUUCGGCAACGCGAAAACAAAUCGAAAUGAUAAUUCUUCACGCUUCGGAAAAUACAUGGACAUCAACUUUGAUUUCAAAGGCGAUCCAGUGGGCGGCAACAUUGAGAACUACCUACUCGAAAAGUCGCGUGUGGUACUCCAGCACAGCGGUGAGCGGAAUUUCCACGCUUUUUACCAAUUGCUCACGGGCGCCACGGACAAGCUGUUGUCGCAGCUGCAUCUGAAGCGCGAUCACAAAUCUUAUAAUUACAUCAAUCAGGGCACAGCGCACCCAGUCAGCAGUAUCAACGACAAGCAGGAUUUCACCAAUGUCCAAACGGCGCUGUCGGCUCUGGGACUGGCGGGUAAUCAUGCCGAAACAAUCUGGAGAGUGGUGGCGGCUAUCCUCCACUUGGGCAAUAUUUCAUUCGCUCGGGAAGGAGAGUUGGUCAAAGUGACCACCGCUGAUCGUCUCCAGUCAGUUGUGAAUAUGCUUCACAUUUCUGAGAAGGACUUCCGCCAAGCUUUAACCUCGCGAACGGUUGCCGCACGUGGAGAAGUGAUGGAUAAACCGUUAACCGAAAGCGAAGUGUUUUAUGCCCGAGAUGCUUUUGCCAAAGCUAUAUAUGAUCGAUUGUUUUCGUGGAUUGUCAAACAAGUCAACGACACACUGAAAGCGCCGGCGCCGACAUCUUCCCCGCUGUAUGGAAGGAACACGGUCAUAGGUGUUCUGGACAUUUAUGGCUUUGAGAUUUUCGAAAUGAACAGCUUUGAACAGUUCUGCAUUAAUUACUGUAACGAGAAGCUCCAGCAGUUGUUCAUCGAAUUGGUACUGAAGCAAGAACAGGAUGAAUAUGAGCGGGAGAAUAUCAAAUGGACACCGGUCAGCUAUUUCAACAACCGGAUUAUUUGUGAUUUGGUAGAGCAGCCGCAUAAUGGCAUAAUUGCUUUAAUGGAUGAAGCGUGUUUAAAUGUCGGAAAUCCUACCGAUCAGACUUUCCUGGAAGCAAUGGAUAAGAAAUUCACCAAGCAUCCUCAUUAUGCGUCGCGUCAAACAACUCCCCAGGAUAAAUCGCUCAUUCACCACCAGCAGUUCCGCAUUAAGCAUUACGCCGGCGAUGUUACAUACAACAUCGAAGGAUUCUUGGACAAGAAUCGUGAUCCCAUUUUCCAGGAUUUCAAGCGGGUGUUAUUCAACAGCACCGACCCGUUCAUUAAGGAAAUGUGGCCGGAAGGAGCCGCCCACAAAUCCACAGUGACCAAGCGACCCAUCACAACGGCCACCGCCUUCAAGACCUCUAUGGCGGCACUGGUACAGAAACUGCAGUCCAAGGAGCCGCACUACAUACGGUGUAUCAAACCGAACGAGAUAAAAUCACCAUCGCAGUUUGACGUUGAACGCGUGAGCCAUCAGAUCCGUUACCUGAACAUCACCGAGAAUGUGCGCGUGCGCCGUGCCGGCUUCGCCUACCGCAUGCCGUACAAGCGUUUCCUGCAGCGUUACAAAUUGAUCUGCAGCAAGACGUGGCCGAAUUUCGCCGGCAGUGAUAUGGACGGUGUGAAAGCGAUACUGGCCGAGCAUAAAUUACUGGACGAUGCCGCCUUCGGUACCACCAAGAUCUUCAUCCGGCAGCCGCAGAGCGUCACCUACCUGGAAGAUGCACGCAAUAAGAAGCUGCCGGAAAUGGUCAUUUUACUACAAAGGAUGUGGAGAGGAGCACUUGCCCGCAAACAUUAUCAACAGAUGUUGGCUGUGCGGCGUAUUGUGAAAGCGUACAGGAACUACAAACUGCGCAGCUAUUUGAUGAAAAUUCAGAAUAUUUUCAAGAAUGUCGACCGGCGUCCUGAUCUUGGCAAAGCUUUACGCUGGCCGGAGCCGCCACGCACCUUGCGAUCGUUUACGGAUAAAACAAAGGCCAUAUUUAAUCGGUGGCGUGCUUACAAAAUUUUGAAACGUCUGCCGAACGAAGACUGGGAUCAAGUCCGAACGAAAAUCGCUGCGUACGAUGCUCUCGCCGGGCGCCGGAAAUACUGUGAUUACGGCCGGAAAUGGCAGGGCAACUAUUUGGCAACUAGUCCAGAGAAUCCCGAGUCGUCCAACUUCGUCCAGGCCAUCCAUGGGCUGCGCUCGCACGACCACUUCAAAUUGUGCCUGUUCUCGGGAUUUAUUUUGAAGGUCAACAAGCAUAUGAAAUCCGCGGAACGCGCUAUUCUGGUCACUGAAAAAGGCGUCUAUAAACUGGAUAACAAAAAGUUCAAAUCGCUCAAAUCACCUUACGCACUCGACCAGGUUACUGGUGUGAGUGUAACCGACGGAAAUGACCAGAUGGUUGUCAUUCAUUUCAAUGGGAAAUCGGAUCUGGCGUUCUGCUUGCGUCCAGCGAAUGCGGAUAAUCGAGUGGCCGAGUUGGUGGGAGUCCUGGCCAAUCGAAUUCGACAGGUGUAUCGGCGCGAUAUCCGUGUGACAAUUUCCUCCGGUGAAGUGUCGUGCAUGUUCGGCCGGAAGUCGGUGCGGAUCGUGGUGCAUCCGGUGUCCGGGGGAUCCUUGGCUGCCCCCGUAUUUCGGAAACAGUCGUCGGACUGUAUGGUGUUGGAUACACCGGCUUAGUAUACAGUGUGUUGCAGAUAUCUGUCACCUACUUUUUCUUGAUUCCUAUUUUUUUGUGCAGCUGGUUUACGAUGGGAACAACAUGUGUGUAUUAAUGUGGGCCAAAACUAGAAAGCAAUUACGUUUUUAAUUAGCUUGAUGUUUGUAUUGAAAUCAGUGAAAUUGUGGUUAUUUUUACAUGUCUGCUUUGGUGUGCUUUAAACUGUGCUUUCUUUUGUCUUGAUCAGAUAUAUGUAAAACGCUGAUACCGGUAUAUGGAAAGAGCAUCCCUUAACGUA